AGAGCUCGAGCUCUUGAGAUGCGCUCUUGACUGAGACUCAAGUCUAGCCAAUAGAAUCUAGAUCUAGAGAUCUAGAUCUAACUCAACUCUACUAUGUUCUUAAACUUAAUGGAAGAAUUAUAGUUAUAGUAUUAGCUAUUAUCUCUUGUAGUGUAGUUAAGGAAUUCUUCACUUUCCAAUGAUCUGGAAAUGACUAUUUUGAAAUGAAUUGGAAGCUCAAAGACGCAUUGAAUUUAAGAUAAGAAGCAUAUAACUCAACACAUCCACUCAGAGUUUAGACUUAUCAUAUGAUAUAUACAUAGAUCUACUCUUACCAUGGCUACAUGGUGCCUUCUCGGAGGGCUCUUAAAACGCAUCAAAUAUGGAAAGAUCUCCAAUGAUGUCUUCAGUGCUAUUAAUCGGCUACAAACUUCAGAGCAUAAAUUAUUCCUGCGCAAGUUGAAUAUUUGGAGUUUUUAUAUUAAUAGUGCAAGAAUGUUAUAUACAUCCAAUGUUUAUCUAGGUCACAAGAGUCCAAAAGGAAAAAUUUCUAAGAAGGAUCCUUUAAAAACGAACAAGUCUAUUAAGCUUGGAAGAGCUUAUAUUCAUGAGCAGAUGACAAUAGCUGAAGUUGCAAGAGCUCUAAAUAAACCAAUAGAUCAUGUCUAUGAAGUGUUAAUGCUUAUACCUGACACUGAGUCCUAUGAUCAUGAUGACUCAGUACUACCUCGUGACAUUUUGGUUUCUGUUGUUAAAAAGUCUGGCAUGAUUCCUGAGUUCAUAAGUAACAAAGUAGAGAAAGAAGAGGAGUCUGGAGAUUUUGUUAAGCAAGCUCCACCAGACCCAAGUGUUCUGGUGAAAAGACCUCCAGUUGUCACUAUCAUGGGUCAUGUAGACCAUGGAAAAACAACACUCCUUGACAAAUUACGAAACUCAAACAUAGUGGAUCAAGAAUUUGGUGGCAUCACUCAACAUAUUGGUGCUUUUAAAGUUAUCAUGCCUUCUGGGGAAUCCAUUUGUUUUUUGGACACUCCUGGCCAUGCUGCAUUCAGUGCUAUGAGAGAAAGAGGAGCUCAUCUGACAGACAUUGUUGUACUAGUUGUGGCUGCUGAUGAUGGCGUGAUGCAGCAGACUUUAGAAUCAAUACAUUAUGCUCAGGAUGCUGGAGUUCCAAUAAUUGUUGCAAUAAACAAAAUAGAUAAAAACAAUGCUGAUGUGGCCAGAACCAAGCAGAUGUUAUUGGAGCAUGAGAUACAGCUUGAGGAGUUUGGAGGGGAUGUCCAAGUUGUGCCAAUAUCAGCACUCAAGGGAACUAACUUGAUGGAGCUACAAGAAGCCAUUGUGACACAGGCAGAGCUGAUGAAUUUGAAGGGAGAUCCAGUUGGUUUAGUAGAAGGGAGAGUUGUAGAAGCCAGAAUUGAUGAGAAACGAGGGCGCCUGGUGACGGCUGUUAUCCAGAGAGGGACAUUAAAAAGGGGUGACUACUUGAUUGCUGGUACAGCCUGGGGCAAGGUGAGGGCAAUGUUUGAUGAGUUUGGUGAUCCAGUUCAAGCUGCUCCACCCAGCACACCUGUUGAAAUUUUGGGAUUCCGAGAAAUACCUUCUGCAGGUGAUGAGCUUUUACAAGUCAAAACAGAGUCAGAACUCAAGUCAGUCAUUGCUUGGCGCCAGGAACAGGAAAAGAAAAGGAAACAGAUUGAGGACUACACUGUGAUUGCAGAAAAACGAGAAGAGCACUUAAAGGACUACAGGACUGCAUUGCAGGCUAGAAGAGAAAAGGGCAUUCACAAGGAGAGAAGGAAAGGUCCUAGACCUAAAGAGAUUGUUACUGACAUUGAUGAUGUUCAUUACUCAAUGGUUCUUAAAGGUGAUGUUGAUGGUUCUGUUGAAGCCAUUCUUGACACUCUGGAUACCUACCAUUCCAAAAAAUGCCACUUGGACAUAAUACAUUAUGGUGUUGGGGCAGUCACAGAAUCUGAUGUUGAAAUGGCAGCAAUAUUUAAUGGGGAUUUGUUUGCUUUCAAUGUGAUGGUACCAGUUAAAGUAGCAGAGUUGGCAAAAAGUAAAAAAGUUGUCAUCAAGAAACAUAACAUUAUCUACCGACUUUUUGAUGACCUCAUCAGCAGUAUCAACAAAAAGUUGCCAAAAAUUGAGGAACAUGUUGUCACAGGAGAAGCCAAAGUGUUGCAAGUAUUCCAGGUCACCUUACCCAACAAAACCAAAGCUAAUAUUGCAGGCUGCCGCUGCACUAAUGGUGUUAUUUCAAAGAAACUUGGAAUUAAAGUUUUGAGGAAUGAUGAAAUUGUGUACACAGGUAAGAUGGUUUCCUUGAAGCAUUUUAAGGAGGAAGUGGACUCCAUCAAGAAAGAGCAAGAAUGUGGCAUUGGUAUUGAUGACCCAAAGUUUGCUUUUGAGCCUCAGGAUGUUAUAACUACCUAUGAAAUCAAAUUAGUGGAUCAGGAGGUGGACUGGCAGCCGGGAUUUUAACACUUGGAAUAUUUAUUAAGCAACUACUGGACUCGUGUGCAAAAUUAAAUGCAUUUUGUUUUUGUAACAUGUUGCAAUGAAGCUUGUUUACAUUUUUUUUUUAAAAACUAAAAUAAAACAAACAAGUCUUGUU